AAGGUCUGUGGUGUUGGGUCUGGACUAUUCCGUUUUUAGGUCUGUUGGGAAGAACACCUGGAUGCCUCUGAAAGAGGAAAUGGAGCCAGUGACCUUUGAGGAUGUGGCUGUGAACUUCAGUCCAGGAGAGUGGGCUCUGCUGGAUUCUUACCAAAAGGAGCUCUACAGAGACGUGAUGACGGAGACCUUUAUGAACCUGAUCUCCAUUGGGAAAACAGAAGGAAACAUUGAAGAGGAUUAUGCGAAUGUCAGAAGAAACAUGCGAACUCAUAUGAUUGGGAGACAUUGUAAAUAUAAAGAUAGUUUUCAGUGUGGAGAAGCCCACCACCGGAUUCCAGAAUAUGUUGUUAACAAGGACGUGCCUUCUGCAAUGGCAGUGUGUGAGAGCAGUGUGUGUGCAAGAGGCAUCAGUGGUCACUCCCCUUCAGAUGUGCAUCUCACAGAUGAUACUGGAGGGAAACCAUUUGCAACAAAGGGACAUGUGCAUGUAGCUUCUCACUAUGAGAAAUGUUAUGCAGAUUUCACUUCUUCUGAACCCUUUCACAUACUAGAAGGUUCUAGAGAGAUAGUUUAUCAAAAGAAACAACCUAAUGAAACCUAUAGGAUUCUCACUUCUGAUCAAAAUUAUGAGAGAAUUUACAAUGAAGGUACAUAUAAUGAGUUUGAAAAAGCCGUCCAGAGAUACGCUUAUUUUCAGAUGUAUGAAAAACUCCACACUGGACUGAAACCCUUUAAGUGUAAGCAGUGUGGAGAAGCCUUUGUUCAUCUCAGCCAACUUGUCUACCAUGAAAGAAUUCAUACGGGAGAGGAAUGUUACGUGUGUAAUCAGUGUGGAAAAGCAUUUAGACACUAUUCAUACCUCCAGAAACACGAAAGAAUUCACAGUGGAGAUACGCCCUACGUGUGUAAGCAGUGUGGCAAAGCCUUCGUUCGUUCCUCACACCUUCUCGUCCAUGAGAGAAUUCACACUGGAGAGAAACCUUAUACAUGUAAGCAUUGUGGAAAAGCAUUCAGCCAUCACAGUGCCUGCUACAGACAUGAAAUAAUUCACACUGAAGAGAAACCCUAUGUCUGCAAGCAAUGUGGGAAAGCAUUUACUUGUUCUACAUCCCUUCGCAACCAUGAACGAAUUCACACUGGAGAGAAACCUUACGCAUGUAAGCAGUGUGGGAAAUCCUUCAUCCAACGUGAUGCUUGUUACAAUCACGAAAGAACUCACACUGGAGAGAAGCCCUAUGUGUGUAAGCAGUGUGGGAAAGCAUUUACAUGGUCCACAUGCCUUCGCAACCAUGAAAGGACUCACACUGGAGAGAAACCUUACACAUGUAAGCACUGUGGAAAAGCCUUCACCCAUUCCAGUACCCGGUAUAGUCAUGAAAGAAUUCACACUGGUGAGAAACCAUAUGUAUGUAAAAAGUGUGGCAAGGCCUUCAUUCAUUCCAGUCACCUUAUCAGCCAUGAAAAGAUCCACACUGGGGAGAAACCGUACCCAUGCAAGCAUUGUGGGAAAGCCUUCAUUCAACGAAAGGCUUGUCACAAUCAUGAAAGAACUCAUACUGGAGAGAAACCCUAUGCAUGUAAAUAUUGUGAAAAAUCAUUUAGGUGUUCCACAUACCUCCGCAACCAUGAAAGAACUCACACUGGAGAGAAACCUUAUAUAUGUAAGCACUGUGGGAAAGCCUUCACACACCAGAGUGCCCGUUACCGUCAUGAGCGGAUUCACACUGGAGAGAAACCCUAUGUAUGUAAACAAUGUGGGAAAGCCUUCAGUGAUUGUAGCUACCUUGUAAAGCAUGAAAGAAUUCAUUGGAGAGAAGUCUUACACAUGUAAGAAUAGAGAAACUUUUAUGUGUUCCACAUUCCUUUAAAUACACUAAAGAGCUGACAGAAAAGAACUGAAAAAAUUACAGCAGUGUAUCUGGUGGCCUUGUCUGUAUACAACUUACGUGUCUGAACAGCUUAUGAGAAGGCUCAGUGGGUAAAGGUGCUUGUUACUAAACUUGAUAAUCUGAGUUCCGUCCCAGGGACCCAUAUGAUAGAAAUAAAAGAUUAUUCCCCAAAAUUUACCUCUGAAUUCCAUGUACACAUGUGAGCUCACACCCAAACUUUUUUUUUUUUUUUCUUUUUUUGGUUUUUCGAGACAGGGUUUCUCUGUAUAGCCUUGGCUGUCCUGGAACUCACUCUGUAGAUCAGGCUGGCCUCGAACUCAGAAGUCCUCCCGCCUCUGCCUCCCAAGUGCUGGGAUUAAAGGCGUGCGCCACCACUGCCCGGCUACACCCAAACUUACUAUUUAAAAUGUAUAUACAUAUGUAGAACAACUGAAACCUUCAAAAGUAUAGUUGUGUCCGUGAUAUGCAAGCAUAUAUAGGAUAAAAUCCUAUGGCACUGGGCAUGGUGAGACAUGCCUUUUAUUCUAGCACUGGGCGAGGUGGGGAUGGUGAAGAUUAGAGAAUUAUAAUGGAUACAGUGGAUUUGAACAGUACAUGGGAAGUUUAGGGCGAGCCAGGUACAAGCAUGUGGAAUUUUCUUUGCAAGAAGAAAAGAAAACAAAGCUAGAGAGAUGGCUCAGCUGUUCAAAGCCCAUGCUGCUCUGCCAGAGGACCCAAGUUUGUUUCUCAGCAUCAACAUUGUGUGGCUUACAACUAUCUGCAAUUCCAAAUCCAAGAACUGUGAUGCCCUCUUCUGGCCUGUGUAGGUAUAGAACACAUGGGAUACACGUAUAAAUAAGUCUUUUUAAAAAUUAUGUGUGUAAAGCAAAUAGGAAAAAGCUGUGUUUUUUUUUUAAAAAAAAUAUGAAAUAUCAUGUAAUCUAAUCUUAUAAUAAAUGUGGAGACUGAGCAAAUUUAUUUGCACAGAAUAAUAAUGUAUAAUAAUAAUAUUAUUAUUGUUUCUGGAAAUAACCUGGAAUACAGUAAAAUUAGAGCAUCUUUACCAUUGUUUAAUUCUUAUGUGAGGUCUUUGGUUUGCAUUAUUGAUUUUGAUAGUUCUGAAAUAAGAUUAGGUGACCAAUGUCAUGAUUUUGCUUGCCUGUAUUGCCUGGUGUUUGAACUGCUGAAGUUACCAAGACACUAUCUCAGACAGUAGCAACCACAGCCAUGCAAAAAAACAUUUGCAUUGAGGUGAUGUAAGUUUGAUUGAUUUCAGUUCAGUGGGUAUUGUUUAAAUGAAGUGAGGUAGUGAUUUUUCUACUUUACUGUAGAGCUGUUGGAGUCACUGAACUGACAUACAUUUGUAAUAAAACAGUAGACUUAAUUUUAUCUAGUUUGUUGGUAAGUGGUUCAUCUGAAAAUGUAAGGUUCUUGAAAGUACUUUCUCACUAUAUGUCAUUUUAAAAAUUUAUUAUUGAUUCCUUUGCAAUUUCCUUACAUUUGUGUGAAAAUGGAAUGUUUCUGGUGCUUGUAUAGAUUUCAUAUUUUGUGUUUUUCAGUGUAUGUGUUUCGUUUCGUUUUUGUUUGUAGACAGGAUCUCACUAUGUAAGCUUGGCUGGCCGAGAGCUCACAUAGUUCCUGCCUUUGUCUCCAAAGAGUUGGAAUUAAAACUUACACCACCAC